UUCUGAAAAGCGGUUGGCCGUCGUUUUCACUUUCGUACGAUGCGUCGUGUAUGUAAUAUACAGUAUACAGUACAGCUUCGCUCGUGGAGAGGGGAUCAUGUGGUAAAAGUUUUUCUGUAGAUUUAGAUUUUCGUUUAUUUGUCACACCUCUGUUGUUUGUGUGUGGCGCGUGUGUCAAUGUCGGACGAAAGAAAAUAUUUGUUUUGAGUAUAAUAUGUCACCAUCGACUGAAAGACAUGAAGGAUGAGUGUAACCUCGAACAACAAUUACGAAUUAAGUCCUGCAACUACUCCUGGAUCUUCCAUAGACGAAGAAAAAUGCUUGGUGCCUUAUCAGAUAAGUCCUAAAUUUAGGAAAAAAUGGUUUAGGUGGGAAAAUACUCCUUUUGGUAUUUUGGCCAUUAGUUUUAUCCAGCUUUUGAUACACAUAUUCGCAACUGAUAGCCUUCGAAAAGCCUUACGGUUCGAACCGGACAAACGAAUCGAACUAUGGAGAUUCUUUACUUACAUGCUGAUCCACGAUGGUUGGUACCAUUUCAUGCUGAAUAUAGUAAUUCAGUGUAUUUUUGCAGUACUUCUUGAAAAAAGACAGGGACACCUUCGGGUCCUUAUUCUGUAUUUCCUUGGGGGAUUUACAGGUGUCCUUGGAGCCUCAUGUGUUCAUCCUGAUCUUGUGAUAGGGGCGUCGGCUGGUGUUUACGCCCUCCUAAUAUCCAAUAUUCCUGAUAUUAUUUUAAACUAUACCAAAGUAAAUUAUAAAAUCUACCGAAUAGUUGCCAUAGGAAUCUUAGUACUCUUUGAUAUAGUAUAUAACAUCGUUCAUAUAUACACGAGAAAGUCACCUGUCAUAUCAUGGGAAGCCCAUUGCGUUGGUGGUGUUGCCGGUCUCCUCUUGGGAUUCAUAAUAUACAAAAAUGGUGAUAAGUGCCAAAACGUAACAGUCAAUAGAACGUUAUUUUGGAUAAGUGUGAUAUUUUAUGCUUUUAUUGUAAUUGGCUUCGUGAUAGUAACUUUGCAAAUAAAAAAAUGUACUCCAUCUAAUAUUAUUCAUUUUAGAUAUGUUUAUGUUUGUUAAUGAAUCUGUUUUAUUCUGUUGAAGCUUAUUUAAAAUUUAAAUUAUUUAAUAUGUAGGUAUACUUAUUAAAUUUAUAAUGUUUCUGUUAUAGUUUCUGGUUUUUGAAAAAUAUUUAGGGAACGAAUACAUAUAUACUAAACGUACAUUAAGCCAAAAUCGAUGCAGAUUGUGGUUUAGCAUGGCAUUACCAUUAGACCAGGGCGCAUCUGUAAAAAUAUUAGUAAAUUUGGACGUUGAGAGGUGACUCAAAUUUUUUUGCAGAAAUUGCUUGAAAAUAACUCAAAUAAUAAUAUUUGAGUUAUCCUCCCUCUCAAAAAGGCCUGGAACAUUGUUUAAAUAAUCAAAAUGUCAAAAAAUUAAGGAAAAAUUCGAUUUUUUCUUCGUUUUUUUAUUAUAACUUUAAAAGUAUUCAUUUUUGAGAAAAGUUGUACUGACAUAAAAGUUGCCUAAUUAAAUUUCCUAUAAUAAAGAAUUGGUUAAAAAUUUAAAAAAUAGCCACCCUUGUUGCAAAAUAGCAAUAAUUUCGAAAAAAACAUACAAAAACAAGUAUUUGCAUUUUACGUUUUUUAACCAUUUGUGCUACACUUAGGACCUUCAUAUUUCACCCAGAAAAACUUUAUGAUACAGUAAAACAAUACUGUAAAUUUCAUUAAGAUCGAUUUACUGUGAGCUCGUACGUAGAGGGGAUAUUUACAAAUUCGCGAGCGCCAGUAGUGGCAAGUCUGUAAACGUUUACCGGAAAUUUGACAUAAAUGUCAAAGUGAUUAAUUUAAAAUUAAAAUUAAAAACAUUAAUUAUAAAAAAUAUUAGUUAGUCAAAGCUGUGGUAUAUAUUUUUACCUUAAAUAUACUUACGUUUUAAAUACUGAAUUUAAGUUUUUUUAAUGUUCCGUAAUAUGUAAUUAUAAAUUAAUCUAGCGCCAUCUACACGAUAAUUGUGAAAGUAUCUGAAGUAAGAAAUUCAUAUUUUAUCGAUAGAACGUCAAAAUGAUUAGCAAUAUCUUAAAAAAAUCGAUUACAAUUUAAUUACAUUUUUGCGUUGUAAAUAUUCAGCGAUAACAAUAAAAUAGUAAAUUUAAAAAUUACCGGUGAAAGUUGAAUUAGUAGUCCGCUAGGAGCGACACCAGCGAAGCUCAGAGCGUAUAGAAGUGUACUGCACCUUUCAUUUGCAAUUUGCAAAAUUAAAAUCGAUUAACUACCACGGCGUCAGGAGUUUUUUUAAAUAAACAUUAAUUAUAUUGGUGCUACGCGCAGGACAGCGGAUAGUUUGCUCUGAUUGGGCAUUUCAAUGACCUUUGAUAAUGAUUGAUACAUUUUAAUUUUUAUCACAUUUCGAUAUAAAUAAAUAAAUUUGUUUAUUGCAAAAUAAAAACACAUAUUCUAUCCUUUGAAAUAACAUUUUUUUAGCAAAAACUUUCUUUGUUCAUAUAUUUUAACUUAGAGAAUAAAAGUUUAUUAUUUUUAAACAUAUGCAAUUGUUUAAACAAUAUUUCACAAACAAUAAUAAAAUUAGUUUGAUAUUUGUGGAAUUAAAAUAUUAAAAUACAACAAAAUAUAGAGUAAGAAAAUAAUAUAUUAGAUAAAGAAUGGAAGAAAUUUUGGUGGAAAUCAACUUGUGUGAAUCGAACACCGCUGUCCUGCGCGUAGCACCAAAAAUUAAUGUUUAUUUAAAAAAUUUCCUGACGCCGUAGUAAUUACACGAUUUUAAUUUUGCAAAUUGCAAAUGAAAGGUAAAGUAUACUUCUAUAAGCAAAAAAAAAAUUCAACUUGCUAUCUGCUUUAUUUUCAGGCCUACAACAUUUAAAAAAAAUGAAUUUUUUUGCGAAAGCUGGAUUGCAAAAUUUAUUUUGCAAAAUCUAUUAAACCGAUCUUAAUGAAAUUUACAGUGUUAUUUCACUAUAUCAUAAAGUUUUUCUGGGUAAAAUAUGAAGGUCCUAAGUGCAGCAUAAAUGGUUGAAAAACGUAAAAUGCGGAUACUUGUUUUUGUAUGGUUUUUUUCACAAUUAUUGCUAUUUUGCAACAAGGGUGACUAUUUUUUAAAUUUUUAACUAAUUCUAUAUUGUAGGAAAUUUAAUUACGCAACUUUUAUGUUAGUACAACUUUUCUCAGAAAUGAAAAGUUUUAAAGUUAUAAUCAAAAAACCAAUAAAAAAAUCGAAUUUUUCCUUCAUAUUUUGAUAUUUUGAUUAUUUAAACAACGUUCCGGAGCAUUUUGAGUGGGAGGAUAACUCAAAUAUUAUUACUUGAGUUAUUUUCAAGCAAUUUCUGAAAAAAAUUUGAGUCACCUCUCAACGUCCAUCUCAAAACAGAUGCGCCCUGGACUACAUGGAAUCCGCAACAUUCUUCUUCAAAAGAACAUUUCAGUGGCAUUAUUCUUUCUUCUCUUCUUUCCUAUUGUCUUAAGCGCUGGUUUCCUGGAAAGCGGUGCCGACAAGCUGCGAUCAUAACACUGCGAUGAAUGACGUCAUAAAAACUGUACCAUGCAAAAUAAUAGCGGCGGUUUCCAAGGAUGCGUUGGAAGCCACCGCUUGCUGAGUUUGCACAUUCCAUUGCCGCAGUGAAGAACCUUGAAUUUUUCACCGUAAUCUGACGUAAUUCAUCGCAGUGCUACGGUCGCAGUUUGUCGGUGCCGCUUUCGAGGAAACCAGCGCUUUAGAGUCCAAGAUUUACAUCCGUAUCUCAGUAUUGGAAAUAUUAAGCAGUUGAUCAACCUAAUUUUUAGAGUUUGUGAAAUUUGAGAGUCCUUUCAUAUUUUGGACAUCUUUGUAGUAACCCUGUUUUUGUGAUCAAUGAUCCCAGAUAUAAGUAUGAGCUGACAACCUCAAACUGGUAAAUCGCGGUUAUGUGUGGACGAUUGUUAUCCACUAUAUUUAUGAUUGAUAUGUGUAUCCACUACCACGAUCUUUUUCAUUGAUAUGUUUAACUACAGAGCAAAUAUUUGACUUUCGUUUUCAACCAGUCUUACGAGACCAAUUAACUCUUUUUGACUAUUUGCAAGAAGGCUUAGUUUUCGGCAAUUUAUUAAGCUGCCCUUUUCACCUCCGUCAAGAGCUCUUCUCAUAUUGCGCUGCCCAUAUAUGUUAAAUAAAUGUGGAGAUAGUAUGAAUCCCUGUCUGACACCUUAUUCUACAUGAAAUUCAUUUGAGAGUGUGUCAACCACUUUCUGUUCCAGUAGUGUGUUCAUAUAGUUCAGUUAUAAGCGAAAUUAACACUCGGUUUCAUAAUAAAGUUAAAGUUUACUUUAAACUUAAAGUUGGUACCUUCAUCAAUGGAAUUGUAAUAGUUAAGGUACCAACUUAAAAUUUAAAGUCCACUUUAACUUUAUUAUGAAAUUGAGCGUUAGUGUUGUGGUAUUCUUUGAGUACCUACCUUUAAGUACCUGUGUUGCUAUUAUCAUAAUCAUAGUGUUGCUAUAUGACCCUUUAUAACGCUUUGCGAUAAUCUAUAAAACUAUUGAAAACUAAUUCAUUCCCCAGAUUUUUCUAUUAUUUGUCUUAUAUUCAGAAAGUGUUCUCGUCUCGAGUUCCUCUACCUUUGUUAAAUCCAGUUUGAUCUUGGGGUAUUUCUCUAUAUAGGAAAGUUUCCAGUCUCUCAUUGAUUAUAAUGUGUAUCGUUAUUUUAUUGGCAUGUAAGACAAGGGAGAUGGUUCUCUAGUUGUGGAAUUUAUGAAAGUUGCCUUUUUUAAGUAUUGUCGUUAUUGUAGAUUUUGUCCAGUCGUCAGGCCAUUGCUUGGAAUGCCAUAUUUCGUUAGAGAGUAAGUGAAGCAAUUUUAUUGCAGUUUCUUCUGUGGCUUUGAGCAUUUCAUCUAGUAUCAUAUCUGGACCUGGUGCUUUAUUAUACCUACCUGAAAUUACUGAUCGCCAGUCUUAUUUCAUUCUCGAGUAUAUUAGGUUCUUCUUCCAUUUCUUCAUGGAUUUGGUAAACAAGUUCCUGGUGUUGAUCAUCUUUAUAUUGAUCCAGGUAAUAUUAUCUCCAUAUCUUUGUUAUAUCUUCUCUGUUGGUUCUCAGGGUUCCCGUUUGGUCUUCAACGGCCGAAGUUCUGGCUUGAAAGUCUCUGCAUAGAAGAUAUAACAUAUUUUUCUAAACAGAUCUCUCGGCUGAUUGUUUUGAUCGUUUUGAUUAUGACAGUAUUGUUGUUAAUCAGCCUUGCAUUUUUGUUUUAUUUCUUCGUUGAGGUCUCUCAAGCUAGCUUUCUGUCUUUCACUAUGUACACUACUUUCACAAAGAUCAACUCUUCAAAGAUCACUCUUCUCAAUUAUUUUAUGGAUUUCGUUUGCUAUCAAGUAUUUCUGAUUCACAAUGUUUAAUAAUCUCCCAUAUUUCUUGUGAUGUACCCUUACGAACAGAGGGCAUAUUUUUUCACUUCUAGGGAAAAUCGUCUUUCUUUCUUAGUUCUAUUCUCUUUGUCUCUCUCCGUUUGUUUCCUUCUCUCCGGGGGCUUUAAAUCUGAGUUUUACUUUAACUACGAGCAGUACAGUAUAAGUUUCCAACAGUAUUACACAAUAUAACAACCAUUUCCGUUUAAAUUUUGCUACUUAAAUUGAUAUAAUUACUUAUGUCUUGGCUGAUUAUAGACAAAGGGGUCGUAGACCUUUCCAUCCUAUUUUUCUGGCUACUUUUCAGUAGUUCUUCUUCACCUUUGGAAGUGCAGCCUGUAUCAGGAUUUAGAUCCAUAGUUUCCAAAUUCUUAAGGAUGCUUUGUUUGUUUUUUUUGUUUCAUUCUUGUCUCACGAGAAAAUAAGGAAUCUAUGAUCAUUUUUUGGCAGAGCUCCGCAUGCUUAGAACCUGGGUAUCGACUGGUACUCGCAGUUAAGGAUUACUUAGGUUGUGCUCACUUCACAGAUGUAGCGACGAUGACACAGAGUAUGAAACGCGCUUCUUGUUACAACAAGGUCUACCUACGGUUCGUGUGCUAACCAACGUGGCAACCAAAUGGCGUGGCAAUGGCGUCAAAAUGGUGUGGUGACCCAGUGGCAGGUAGAAUUGCUAAGCCUGUAUAAACAUAUGUGCGACCUUUUGAUACACGCAACUACAUAACGUUUAUACAGGUUUAGCAAUUCUACCUGCCACUGGGUCACCACGACAGUUUGACGCCAUUGCCACGUCAUUUGGUUGCCACGUUGGUGAGCGCCUUGCCUAGGUUUCUUGGAGUGGUGGUAUAUGUCAUGGUUCGAUUAAAUAUUUAGAAGUCAUUUUUCGGCUUUGUAAUGUUUAUUAUAUUUGUAUUUUUACUCUUUGAUUUCAAUAAAGUAAUAAGUAAAUUAAAUAUAAGUACAAAUAAGUACCUAUUAUUUAAAUAAUAUUGUAAUUAAAACAUUAAUGUGCACAAUUUUACUUCGAUUGAAAAACUCAUAUCUUAAAGAUUAUAAACAUAAGUCUUUAAUUAUAUAGAUAGAUAGUAAUAAUAUUCUGGUCGUAAAUUUUUUUUAUACGGAAGAAUUAUUAAGUACAGUUGAUCGUAUUUUGUAUUAAUAUUAAUACCAGAUAAAUGUAAACUUUUUAAACGUUAUGUAACGAUUUUAUUAAAAUGUUUGUUAUAA